CUUCUCUCUCGGUUCUUUCCCCUUCCCUUCCCCCAACAGGCGCUCAUCUUCAUCGCGUUCUCCCUCUCUCCCCACCGAAAAUCUCCCUCGCCGCGACUACCCCUUCACGCCGACGCAUCUUUCCUCGCUAGGCUUUAACUAGGGCGAGGCUUUGACUAGGGAAGCAAAGAAAGCACUGGGGCGAAAUGAAUCUAAGGAUGCAGCUUUGAUUCUUACUCGACGACGACGCUCGCGUUUCUUCCAUCAUCGACUGGGUUUGAGAGUUGCCGGAGCCGGAAAGGGUUUCAGAGAAAGGGGGAUUUGGACGGUGAUUUGGGGGUGGUGGAUCUUCAAGGUAGUGACGGAUUUGGGAGUUGCAAUUUGGGCGGCGACGGAUUUGGGUGCGGCUGUAACCUCCGCCGCUUGGCAUCGCCGUCGUUUGUAGCACUACCCAGAUCGAGAUCCACAAAAUAAAUUGAGCAUGGGCCAAUUUGCUUCAUUCUCAUUUAAUUGGGAAAAAAAGAGGACAUGUGUGAUGGCAGAUGCGAGCCCCAACGGUGGAAGAGGAGGUGGAGAUGGGGUUUUUAGUGGAGUUGAAUCGGGGGGACUAGGGUGGUGGAGAGGAAGCAGCAGCCACUGCCGUUCCAUAAAUCGGGCGGCGAUCACUAGGAAGAAUACGAAUCGAUUGGGAGAAAGCGUUGACUACUCUCACAGGAAGCGACAGAUUGAUUUGAGGACGAAGAUGAAGGUUCUCGGCGGGUUUUUUGGAUUUUUGGGUUUUGGUUUAUGGAUUUCUGGAUUGCUAUUGAAGAGACGAAGAUCACCUGCUACUCCGUCUCCUCCGACAUCAUCAAUUUCUUUCACUGGCUGUUAAACGAGUUUCGUCCUAAUACAGUGCCGGCGGCAGGUGAGUUGUGAGAGAUUUAGAUGGAAUUGGGGAUGGCGGAGGUUGCGAUGAAAUUGGGAAUCUUCUUUUCUUUUGCGCAGUGACGAGUUUGUGAG